GGCGCGUGCAGCCGAGGAUCCCCAGCUCCCCAGGCCUCUCCUCUGAGCCUUCGCCCCUAGGACCACCUCUGGGGCCAUGAAGACCAAGAACCGGCCCCCUAGGCGCCGGGCGACCCCUCAGGACACAGAGGCCAGCCCAGCGGAGCAGACCCCUGACAGGUCCCAGCCAGUCUCUGGGCAGGAGCCAGCCAAGGGUCUGCGGAGCCGAGCAUCACGGGCGCAGGGGGGCCGGGCUGAGGGUGGGCGGCGGCGGCCUGGGCUGGCAGGACCAGGUGGCCGCCGGGAAAGCAGCAUCCAGCGGCGGCUGGAGAGCAACGAGCGGGAGCGGCAGCGCAUGCACAAGCUCAACAACGCCUUCCAGGCGCUGCGCGAGGUUAUCCCGCACGUGCGCGCCGACAAGAAGCUCUCCAAGAUUGAGACGCUCACACUGGCCAAGAACUACAUCAAGUCCCUCACUGCCACCAUCCUGGCCAUGUCUAGCGGGCGCUUCCCAGGCCUGGACGGGCCAGGUCCCAAGCUCUACCAGCACUACCAGCAGCAGCAGCAGGUGGCCGGGGACACGCUGGGCACCGCCGAGGCCCAGCCUGAGGCCCAGCUGCAGAGGUACUCCACUCAGAUCCACAGCUUCCGAGAGGGCUCCUAGCGCCUGGCCCGGGGGCCACAGUUUCCUCCCGCUGGGGGGCCCUCAAGGCGCUGGAGGUGACACCCCAGAAGAUCCAGUUUUUCUGAACUUGGUUGCCUCCUUGGGGUAUGUCCUGACCUUCGGGGGGCCACGGCCAGUGAGUGACUCCGGGCAGUUCGAGGACCUGGCCUUCUACAUUGGACUGGGCAGUGGACAGGCCUUGGCCUGUGUAACUCAUCUCUCUCCACCCUGACCCCUCUGGCUAUCAGGAACUUGCGGGGGAACAUUCUUUUGGUAAGUUCCCCCACCAUGGCUGAGGCCCCUGUGACCUGCAUCAUAGGGCCAGGUGGGGUAAACCAAGGCCCAGGGCCAGCACAGCCUGAAACCACAUGGGAGGGUGGCCAGGCAGGGGUCUGAAGACUCUGGUUCAGGACCCUUCAGGAGCGGGUAGCUGGGGCACUGACCCGGUGCCACCUUUCUGGGCCCGUUGUGGAGCCGUGGGCCUCCAGAGCACUGGGAGCAGCUUUGGCCUGUGUUCGGGGUGGUCCCUGCCACGUGGGGCCCUGGCAGUGCACUAGAUCGUUCCCAGGGCCUGGCUGGAGUCCGGGCACCCUGCCUCCACCCAGGUGCUGCUUCUUCCUGGCGGGAGGGCAGCUUGGCCGAUGCCCACUGCCCCAGGCCAAGCUUCCUUCUGUUUGCGGCUGCUGGCUCCGACAGGCCGGGACUGUGCUCUCCCCUCCCCACUCCCUCCCUGACCCCCAUCCAGGAAGGAGACACAGUAGGAGUCUGUGCUGGGGGAGUGCCUGUCUCACGGGGCCCGUUUUUCUGUGCUCCGACUGUCCCAGAGGCCUCUGGGGCUCAGGCUUUCCUGGGGUUCUGGGUCAGGGUGGCCAUGGCCAAUGACCACACCUGUGCACAUGGGUCAGGAGGGGACUGCCCCCCCACUUCCAGAUCCUGACAAGGCCAGUCUGACUAUGGAAGCCAAAAGGGGCCCACUCGGAGCCCGGGAACUGUGGGUGCUGCCUGGGGGUGCUGCCAGGCUAGGGCAUGAGGUGGCCAGUGGCAGUGUCCCUGCUCGGCCCCAACUUGCGAGUAAACCUAAAACUGAGAGAAGGAGCUGAGAUGGGGCCCAGGCCUGGCUGCCUCAUGUGGAACUUGAUCUUCAUGGCAUUUUCUCUGUCCCCAACUGAUACUGCUCAGGGGUGACAUGCACCAAGGCCAGCUGCUUACCUGUGCAGUGGUGGACCCGUUGCUCCUGGGGGACAGACUGUUCCCACCUGUCACCCUGGACCCCAAUUCUGUGUUGGACUUGGGUCAGUGCCCUGCUCAAGUCCUGGACCUGGCCAGUGGGUCAGAGAUGCUGCAGCUGCCUGGCCUGCACCCGGGACCCGGUCGGGGCUGGAGCUGGAACUGCCAAAUGGGCAGGAUGGAGUCAGGACUCGGCGCUGACGCAGCCCAGUGUUGGGGGCGGACAUGGGGGGAGACAACUGUUCUGUGGUUGUCCUGGCGAU